CCCUUGCGGCGGGGAUGGCCGCGCGGGUGGCGCUGCGGCGGCUGCGGGGGGGCCUCGCGGGGCCCGGGGCGGCGCUGCGGGGCUCCCCCCGCCCCACCGGGACUCCUCUGCCCCGCACCGUGGAUCUGCGGAGCGACACGGUGACGCUGCCCUGCGCCGGGAUGCGCCGCGCCAUGGCUCGAGCCGCCCUGGGCGACGAUGACUACGGGGAGGACCCCACGGUUAACGAGCUGCAGCGCCUGGUCGCAGGGAUCCUGAGGAUGGAGGAGGCUCUGUUUGUGCCCACGGCCACCAUGGCAAAUCUCAUUGCUGUGAUGUGCCACUGCCAGCGCAGGGGAGGUCAGAUGCUCCUUGGCCAGGAUGCCCACCUACACGUCUACGAGCAUGGUGGGGCCGCCCAGGUCGCUGGUGUUCACUCCCAGGCGCUUCCAGACCUGCCAGAUGGGACCUUUGACCUGGACCAGCUGGAGAUGACCAUCCGUGGAGCCCAUGGCAGCCGGUAUCACCCGCGCCCAGAGCUCAUCUGCCUGGAGAACACACACAGCGCGGCAGGGGGGCGGGUGCUGCCCCUCACCUACCUCCAGCAGGUCCGCGGGCUUGCUGACCGCUACGGGCUGCGGGUGCACAUGGACGGAGCGCGGCUGAUGAACGCAGCGGUGGCCCAGGGUGUGGAACCGGCUCAGAUCACCCAGCACUGCGACUCUGUGUCCCUGUGCUUCUCCAAGGGCCUGGGCGCUCCAGCUGGCGCAGUGUUAGCAGGACACAAGGAGUUUGUCACUGAGGCCUGGCGUGUGCGGAAGCUGCUGGGUGGGGGGAUGCGGCAGGCAGGCGUGCUGGCAGCCGCUGCCCGCGUUGGACUGGAACACAUGGAGACGCUGUGCAGAGACCACGACAAUGCCCGACACUUUGCUGAAGGCAUCCAGGAGCUGAACUCGCCUGUCUGCUCUGUCAACCUGGCGGCGGUGGAGACAAAUAUCGUGAUGGUGAGCGUCAAAGGGGGCUUGCUGUCCCCUACGGAGCUCUGCAAUCAUCUGCAGGCAGUGAGCAAAGAGGAGGUGGCAGAGACCGGUGAGGCUGUCAGUGUCUUGGUACUGCCCUGGUCAGCACACACUGUGCGUGCCGUCUGGCACCGCGAUGUCUCAGCCCAUGAUACCGAGUCUGCGAAGAACAAGCUGGAGUUUGUGGCCAGAAAAUGGCAGGAGAAGCUGGUCCAAGGAUGGCGCCCGACUCCUCCAAGUGCAGGGGGAGGCUGAGCAUCCUCUCAGCCCAGGAGGGACGGCUCUCCCAGCCCUGUCCUGGCAGCCACACAGCAUGCUCCAGGCAUGUUCUCAGCGGGGUGCAGCACAACAACCAGCCUGUGUGCAGCCCUGCAAAGCACCGUGAUCCCAGCCCAGGGGAGAGCUCAGACCUCUGGGGAGGGAGUUCCUCUGCUGACAUGCCCAGGGGGACAGACUGCAUCUUACAUCCCCACCCAGACUCCUCUGAGGCAGCUUCCCCACCUCGCUACUCACCAGCAGACUCACCACCAGCACCCUCUAGUCCUCUACAGGAGCUCUGCUCCUGUUACUCGGGUCCUGCGACAGCACCCAAAAACAGAGCCAGAACCCCCCACCCCAAAGGUCACACACUAUGUGUGGCCCAUGUGCAGUGAAUAUCUGCAAGGAUGCUGCCGUGAGGAGACUGAUCCCAAGGGAUGGUCAGGGCACAAAAUAAACCUGUUCGGGCAGUGCUGUGGCUGUGCAGGAUG